AUGGCGGUUGGGCUGCAGCAUCUUACGCGAUCGCUGCCGUGGUUCGUCCUGCAGCCGGCGGAGGCCCUGCUGGGCUCGCACUGCUACUCGUCGCUAGUGUGGGAUGUAAACUGGACGGAUACGGCGUGCCUGCGGCUCGGCCUCUCGAAGGGCCUCGGGCUCGGCAUUGUCGUGUUUGGCAGCCUGCUCAAGUUUCCGCAAAUGUACAAGAUCGUGCACGCACGGAGCGCCGAGGGCAUCAGCCUUGCCAUGUACAUCCUCGAGGUGGUUGCAUAUACGAUCAGUCUCGCGUAUGCGAUCCGUCUGCGAAUUCCCUUUAGCACGUACGGCGAGAAUGCCAGCUUGACCGUGCAAAACAUGAUCAUCACGCUGCUCAUCAUUGCCUACUCGCCCAUGGACAGCAUAUCGCGCCGCACCACGACGCUGUGCCGCCGCUUCGGCAUAUCGACGAAUGCCUUCUUCGUCGCGCUCGGCGCGACGCUCAUGGUGCUAGGCUCGCUGGCCCUUGCGAGUGAGGCGGCCGUGCCUCCGCGUGCGCUACAGUGGCUCCAGGGAAUGACGAUUCCGGUAUCGUUGGCAUCGAAAGUCCCGCAAAUGCUUGAGCUGCACCGCGCAAAAGCCACAGGCGAGCUCAGUAUCCUCGUCGUGUUCGCUCAGCUCCUCGGCACCACCGCGCGCGUGUAUACGACCCUCACUGAGACCAACGAUCGCCUUCUCUUCUGGGGCUUUGCGCUUGCAACCAUUUUCAACGCUAUUAUUGCAGUGCAGGUGUGCAUGUACUGGAACGGGAACCAGCAGCGCGCAGCGCAGCGCUCCGCAUCGCGCUGGCUCGAUACCCAGGGCACGCCCACAUCGCGCCGUACCGCGGAACUGCCACUCGUUGCACCGCGCGGGCCGACCACCAAGCGCGACUAG